AUGGACGAGCUCGAGGCGGCAUGUGCGACGCUCGAGCUUGGACCGAAUGAUACGGCGUUUACAGCGGUGCCGCUCUCGCAGCGGACGCGGCAGGGCCUGAAACGCGCGGGCUUCAUCGACAUGACGCCGAUCCAGCGCGCAUCCCUGCCGGCAUCCCUGCGCGGCCGCGAUGUGCUGGGCAUGGCACGCACGGGGUCGGGCAAGACGCUUGCCUUCCUUUUGCCCGUCCUGGAGCGCCUGUACCGCCAAAAGUGGUCGAGCCACGAUGGGCUGGGUGCGCUCAUUGUGUCGCCGACGCGCGAACUCGCGAUGCAGAUCUUUGAUGUGCUGCGCAGUAUCGGGGGGGCGCACACAUUCUCGGCGGGUCUCGUGAUUGGCGGCAAGGACCUGAAGCACGAGCAGGACCGGCUCAGCCGGAUGAACAUUCUCGUGGCGACGCCCGGCCGCCUGCUGCAGCACUUGGACCAGACGGUGGGCUUUGAUGCGACCAACUUGCAGGUGCUCGUGCUGGACGAGGCGGACCGCCUCCUGGAUAUGGGCUUUGCCAAUACGCUGAAUGCGAUCGUGGAGCACCUGCCGCGCUUGCGGCAGACGCUCCUCUUCUCGGCGACGCAGACGAAGCGCGUGCAGGACCUGGCGCGCCUGAGCCUGCGCGAUCCUGAGCACAUUGCCGUGCAGGACGACACGGAGGCGCGCACGCCGCAGCACCUGGAGCAAUUCUACAUGACGGUGCCGCUGCCCGAGAAGCUCGAUAUGCUCUUCUCGUUCCUGCGCUCGCACACACAGUCCAAGGUGCUUGUGUUUAUGAGCUCGUGCCGUCAGGUGCAGUUCGCGCACGAGGUCUUCUGCCGCCUGCGCCCUGGUCUGCCGCUCAUGGCUCUGCACGGCAAGCAGAAGCAGACACGGCGCCUCAAGAUCUUCACCGACUACAGCCGCAGCAAGCACGCCGCGCUCUUCGCUACGGACAUUGCUGCGCGUGGCCUCGACUUUCCUGCCGUCGACUGGGUGGUGCAGGUCGAUGCGCCGGACAGUGCCGAGACGUAUAUCCACCGUGUUGGGCGCACUGCGCGGUACCACGCGCACGGCAAGGCGCUCCUCUUUCUGCUGCCGAGUGAAGAGGCGGGCCUGCUGGGUGCACUGGAGCGAGCCGACAUUCCCAUCACGGAUAUCCAGGCGCGCAGUGCCAAGGUACAGCGGAUCUCGCCGCAGCUGCAGUCGUUCCUGUUCCAGGACGUGGAGCUGAAACACCUCGCGCAGAAGGCCUUCGUGUCGUACGUGCGCUCUGUGCAUUUGCACAAGGACAAGAACACGUUUGACCUGGCCGCUCUUCCGCUCCCCGAGUACGCAGCGUCACUCGGCCUGCCCGGUGCGCCGAAGAUCAAAUUUCUCCGCGAGGCACAGGCGCAGGCGCAGGCGCGCGCUGCAGCGCUCGCCGCGCAGAGCGAGAGCGACACGGCGUCCGAGCCUGACGAGCCGCCGGCGCCCAAGGCCGUGCGCACGAAGCAUGACCGCCUAUUUCACCGCACGAACCAGACUGUGCUGAGUGACCAGUAUGCGUCGAUGCGCGCAAGUGAUGACGAGGAGGGCUUUGAUGCGGGCGGCGCGAGUGACGACGACGGCGACCUGCUGACACUAGCGCGGGCGGAUCACGACCUGGACGAGCACAACCAGGCGGAGCCGGCGUCGGCGCACCUGUCGAAGCGGCAGCUCUCGCGAGGCCAGAGCAAGAAGGCCAUGGCCGCAGCGGGUCUGCGUGGCUCGGGCGACCGCGUCGUAUUUGAUGACGAGGGCCAGGCGCGUCCGCUGUACGAGCUACAGGACGAGGAGGCGUUCCAUGCGCAGGGCCACGUCCAGGCGCAGAUUGCGCAGCACGAGGCCGAGGCGCGCGCGCGGAUGGCGGAGGCGGAUGUGCGCGACAAGACACUGGCCAAGGAGAAACGCCAAGCCAAGCGCCGCCGGCAAAAGGAGAUGGAGCGCCUCAUCGCGGAGCAGAAUGGCACGCGUGCGCCCUCCACGGCGCAGCUGCCGUCGGACGACGAGGUUGCCUGGGAUGACUUGCCUCUGUUGGACAAUGACGAUGGCAAGGACGACGACGACGAUAACGACGACGAGGCACCCCGCAAGCGUGCGCGGGUAGACGACCUCGAGGCCGAGGCCCUGCGCCUGCUAGGUGCCUAG